UUCUUACCCCAAUGACAGCAAGGAUCAUUUUUUGAUACACAUUUCAGUUUCUGAUAUAAUAACAAACACUAUGAUUUUAUCAUGUGGUUAACAUGCAAAAUCUGUUGCUAUAGGUGUUGUUAGGUAAGAGGCGUGUCUUCUCGAAGUGAAACCUGUUCAGCCAGUCUGGAGAUGACAAUCAAGACAUUCGCCAUUGAGUAUAAUGCUGUAAAUGAUCGCAAUACGUUCAGCAAUGGAGACACUUUGACUGGUAGAGUUAUCGUGGAAGUCACUAAGGAAACGAAGAUCAAGGAUGUUACUGUGAAGGCGAAGGGCAAAGCCAAUGUGGCUUGGACUGAAUCACAUGGGGAAGAAAGUGUGACGUAUUGGGACAAAGAAAAGUAUUUCUCGCAAACUCAAUCUGUCUUGGAGGAUAAAGCAGUUGGUAAUGCCCUUCUUGUAGCCGGAAGACAUGUGUUCCCUUUUGCGUUCCAGCUUCCCUACCAGGGUCUACCUUCGUCUUUUAAAGGGGCUCAUGGGAAAAUUCACUACACACUUUCGGCCAAGCUGAGCAGGUCUGUGUGGCCGGGGAAAAAAGCGGAAGCAAACUUCACAUUUGUUUCGAAAGACGAUUAUAAUCAGCCAACAGUGAUGGCACCUCAACAGGGGAGUAAAGACAAGAAUGUUGUAUUCUUUGCAUCUGGAAAUAUUUCCAUGGAUAUAUUUUUGCCCAAGACAGGCUAUCAACAAGGUGAAGGCCUAGUCAUCAAUGGUGAAAUUGUCAACAGCUCAACUCGAAAAAUUGUGCCGAAGUACAUUAUAUACCAGAAGCAGAGCUUCUUUGCGGGGAAAAGGGCCGUCCACACCACAGACAUCCUAAAGGAGAAAGAUGCACCUUUAACUUCGUCCACCAGACAGAAUUUGUCGAAAGUAUUGCAAAUCCCAUUCGAAAUCACCCCCACCAUCCAAAACUGCCGCAUCAUCAAAGUGGAGUACAGACUGAAGGUCAUUUUGGAUGUGUCAUUCACUAAAAAUCCUGUGAUUAAACUUCCAUUGGUCAUCUUGCCCUUUAAUGAUGGUCCCUCAGUCAAAGCGCUGGAGGCAGGAUUAUACCCAGACCUGGCCAAACUGAAUUUAUAAUAGCUAUAAUUUAUGACAAAUUUAAUAUAUCUAUGAAAUCCUGGCUAAAGCCUCAUAACCUAGUUAUCAAAGUUUGAUUUGAUUUCGCAUCGAUUUCAAUCUUUGGUCUUACUCAGACAACAUUAAAUAUAUUAAGGUUAUAUUUGCACACAAUGUUUUUACGUUACGUAGGAUGAUUUAAUGUGGAAAACAAAAUAAAUCACAAAAAAAUGA